AUGCCUGCUGCGCGUUUCUAUCGCUUUGCUUCGGUCUUCCUGGCAGCUGCCGUCGCAGUCACGGCCCAGCUGGAGACGGUCGUCGACGCGAUCUCGGGCAACACCGUCGUCGUCAGCAUCGUGACAGACGCGGCGGGAGACCCCCUCCAGACCCUCAUCCUCUCGUUCGUGACGGACCCCGCGGCAGCAGUGGCAGACACGGUGACUGCAACGACUACUUCAUCGACUACGACAGCAGCGGCAGUCAACAAUCCUGGGGCGGGAGGAGUGCAGGGAGUUGGGCAGCCUGCGAAUGUCUUGACGCCUGCAGCGACUUGUACGACUGAAGGGUGCCCGCCCAUGCCCACCACGUACACUCAGAACGGCGCCAUCGUAACCUGGUAUGCGACCACGCCCGCAACGCCUAUCCCUACUUGGACGUCCAGCGGUCAGAUCGAGAGUGCGGCGAAGUACAUCUCCACCGUCUCGAGCGGACAAGGGGGGCGUGCCAUCUCGGGCGCCGGCUCUCGCUUCUCGUCCUUCCCGAUCGGCACAACAGGCGACUGGGGCAUCAUGUUCGGCGCGGCUGUCAUUGGAGGACUCGUUGGAGCUGUGGCGGUCCUCUGA